AUGGCGCGCCUUUGGUGGCUUAGCAAAGCCAGCUCUUUCUUAUGCUUGCUAACCACUCCUUAUGGUGUCAUUGUUGCUCCUGCAAAUGCAACAGCAGAACAGAGUAAACUUGCAGACGAAAGCAAACUCAAAGAUUUGAAGGCCAAGAAUUAUCUUUUCCAAGCAAUUGAUCGCUCAAUCUUGGAAACAAUCUUGACCCGUGACAGUGCUCGUGACAUUUGGAAAUCAAUGAGGCGAAAGUAUCAAGGCUCAACAAAGAUCGUGAGAUCGUACGAUUUUACGCGACAAACACAGUUCACCGUGCCGGAGCGGUCCAGAGAUCGGAAGAAACGCCGGAGCGGUGGGAUCGCCGUGGAAGAGCGUAUUCAGAGAAAGAAAUUGGACUAUGCACAUGUUGCAGAUAUUCAGAGAAAGAAAUCGGAUCCUAAGACUUUUAAGCAAUUAGCCACCAACUAUCUUUGCAUUACUGAACAUGAACUCUAUGAAAAGAUUGAAGUGCUUCUAGGACAAGUUAAAAUUACUCCAGCUGAAAUUGCUGAAGAGCUUACAAAGGAUGCUGAUGCUACAGAAUGUCUACAAGACCUUAUCAAGUUCCUUCAAGCCAAGAAAAUGAUCAUGUAUCUUGUUGAUGUGAAUAAUAAUGUCAGGUUUAUAAUAGACUAUUUGUGA